AUGGGAGACGAUUCCGGCGGGGGCCCAUCCUACGGGACAGGUUCCCGGUUUUGGGCGUUAGGAGACGAAACGGACACAGACCAAUUCACCAACGUUGCGUGGAAAAGAAAACGUGGAAAUAAACGACCCGUAACUCGAGAUGUUACAAGUGACCAUGUGUUCCAAAAGCAACUGAAAUUCGACCCAAAAGACAAUGGCGGUCGAUUCUUGAUCGUUACCCGAACGGACGAGAAAAAGGACAUGACGGAGUUAAACCCCUUUUGGAUUAAAAAAUGUAUCGACAACAUUUCCAAAGGAAUCCAAAUCUCUCGAUUUAAGCAAGGUACGUUAUUGCUUAAAACCCUCAACCGACAGCAAGCUGAAAAAGUUCUAAAGGCUACAACGUUCUGUGAAGGUGUCAAUAUCAAAGUAACGGAACACGAGUCAAUGAACAUCAGCAAAGGUACCAUUUUCUGCCCUGACCUUAACAAAAUGAAGGACGAAGAGAUUUUGGAGUGGUUGGUUGACUCCAAUGUUAAAGAGGUAAAAAGAAUUCAACGAAAAAACAGUGGCGGCAAGUUAGAAGAUACUGGUUCAUUUAUUUUGACCUUCAACCUAAGUUAUCUUCCUCGCACAAUUGACUGCGGAUUCUACAACUGUACAGUUCGCAUGUAUGUGCCAAAUCCCAUGCGAUGUACUGUGUGUCUGCGUUUCGGACACAAAAAAGAUAGCUGCAAGAGUAACAGAAUUUGCGCUGCCUGUGCAGAUCUGUUUCACGAUAAAACUCCAUGCCAACAUCCCACCACGUGUGUUAACUGUCGAGGAGAGCACAACGCGCUUUCUCGAACAUGUCCGAUUUAUCAAGAUGAACUUGAGAUACAGUCCAUCAGGGUAACCGAUCGUGUGACGAUGCGUGAAGCCAGAAAUAAGCGACGCCAGCAGGUCCCCCUCUCAGCACUCACAGCUCCAUUCCAGCGUAGUUUCGCAGCUGUAGCAAGAAACCCACCACGACGAGAAGAGAGAACGAAAACCGACGCGAGCCAACAACGACCGGAAACAUCAAAUGAACAGCACGUGAAUACACAGGUAACUCAACAGCCCAAUGAAACAAGCGGUAACUCAACCAACGAAGACGAUCGUCUACAUCCGGUAGAUCAUCAUUCUCUGAGAGAGAAUGUCCCACCCAGAGCUGAGAAAGCUUUGGUCCCCCUCCCACCCGUUUUUGAAGAGAACAAAAUAAAUACGACCAGCGAAUCUCCCGAUCCAGUCUCCAGCCAGUUUGAUCAAGACUACCGACCCCUGAUAAAGAGCAACAUAAAAUCAAAACGCGAUAGCGAAAGGUGGAAAAAUCUCAUCCGAGGACCUCAAGAGAAACUGGGAAUUUUUAACGGUUCAACCGUCAAACCGUGCCAAGGGAACGAAGAUCCGAACCAAGCCAAGGUUGCGGAAAUGCCGCGCCGGAAAUGGAAAGUAGGUAAGGGUUCUGGUACCAACUGGCGAGCCCGCCGAAGCGAUGGUGGAAUGUUUAGCCAGUAA